AAAGUGUCAUAAAGUAAAAAGAAAAACAAUAAGAAUUCAGAACUUGAGUAACUUUAUAAGAAAAUAGGAAAGAAAAUGAGAGGAGACUAUAGCAUUGCCAAGAACGGUAUAGUCUGGUGCUUUGUGUUGCAAGUCAUCAUAUUCUAUGUAGAAUCGAUAGAAGUUGGAGAUGUAAGUUUCACGAUAGCGAUGAAAAACGAAAUGUACGGCUUAAAACGUCCAUCAGUUGUCUACCGGUGUAAGUCAUCUGAAAAAUCCCUCCGGUGGCACAGCUCGCGUCCCAAAACGCAAUUUUCAUGGGAUUUUGAUGUACCGCCGUUUGGAAACGGCGUGGUGAUUCACAUAUGCCAUUUCCUGUCAAGCCAAGGGACAGCGCAUGUCGAGAUCAAGACGUUGUCGAUGACAUCUAUGUUGUGCGGAGGACAUGUGUGUAAAUACGUCAUCAAGCCGAACGGUAUAUAUUUCGUUGGUUUUGAGACGUACUAUCCGCACAACAUUUUGUUAAGGUUUAUGGAGUUGGUAAGGCCUGUUGAAAAGCUUGUCGAGCCAUGGAAGGCGUGGUCUCCGAGGCAGUUAAAAGCUUUGAGAGCGGAACGCAAUCGCACCAUGUCAAGCGAUGACAAAGAUUAUGAUGAUGACGACAAGGAAAAGGACGAUUAGGUAUAGAACACAAGAAAGAGACAGAAGAAAUGAUGAAGAAUAUAGUAGUUUAUGUUCUUUCUGUGAUAUGUACCAAAAUGGUAUGUAUUGUACUUUUGUAUCUUAAUAUGUCGACCAAAAAUAAGAAAAUUCUUUAUUUUUAACAUAAUUUGGCUCUACAAUCUGACUUGUCUUUGUGUUAAAGAAACCUCUCUAUUUGUGUUCAAUAAUUAAAAUGUUUCUUCUAUAAUAUUGGAUGAUCAUAACAACUUUGAUGUGUGGAUGACACCCACAAUAUCACACAGAUACUUACGAG